AUGUCUGCUUCUAAAUCAAUGUAUUCAUCAUCAGAACCAAAAUCAUAGUCUGCAAUAUCAUAUGGAAGUGAUAGAGAUAGAGCUCUUUCACUUAGUAGGACAAAAAUAUCUCAAUUAUCAUAAAAACUAUCCAAUCACUAAAAUUCAAUUGAUUAAGAUUAGGUAAUAUAUCAUCUAUUCAUACUGAAUAGUUUAAAAAAGAAACUUAUGAAUAAAAGAUUAAAGUUUUAGAGGACAAAGCAGUAAUAAGGUGAUGAAUCAAAGGUUAAGUUAUUGAAGGAAUAAUUAUAAAAAGUUUGAA